UGAAACCCAUGUCUAGAAACAUCUGCCUCCUGGGAAACACUGUCUGAAAGACUCAGAUCCUGCAGAGCUGAUCCCGCCCUGCUUUCCUUCCUCAGGUCCCUCCUCCCACAUCCCCCUUCGGAUUCUGUUUGCCUGAGAGGGACUAGCAGCUGCUUUCACCCACGGAGCAAUGGAGCAGGCCCAAGGUGGAGGUUCUGGGACUGUGACAGUCCAGGAGACAGGACCAAGCAUGGUCAAACAUUUGGAGCAUGAGAAUAGAAGCCCCUACCAUGUGAACUUCAGAAAUGAAGGCAAUGGAUCCCAGGACUGUGUGAAAGAAGCUACAUCUCAGGAAAAGGGCAAUCCAAAUGAGACCCUGAGCAUUAUCCUUGUGGGAAAGAGAGGGGUUGGUAAGAGUGCCACUGGGAAUACCAUCCUCGGGCGGCCAGAUUUUUCCUCUCAACUCGGAGCCAAGCCAGUCACCACCACGUGCCAGAAAAGAGAGAGCACAAGGGCUGAGCAGAACAUUGUGGUUUGGGACACUCCUGACUUCUGUCUGCUGUCCAGUGACAAAUCUCCGGUCCAACAGUAUAUGUCCUUAAAUAAAAGCAACACAGUUCUGGUCCUGGUGCUCCAGCUGGGACGGGUCACUGACCAAGACAAAAAGGUGAUGACGACGCUAAAGACCAUCUUCGGAAAAGAUGUUAGGAAAUACAUGAUUGUGGUUUUUACCCGGAAGGAAGACCUGGAGGGUGGAGAUAUUAAAGAUUACUGCAAAAACACAGAAAACAAGUUUCUUAGGAAGACAAUUAAAAAGUGUGGGAAGCGAGUUUGUGCUUUUAAUAACAAAGAAACUGGCCAAGCCAGGGAAGACCAGGUAAUAGAUCUUUUGAAAAUGGCCAAGGAGCUGAUAGGUAACCAUAAAGGGAACAAAAUAAUUAAAGAUGUCCAGGAAAAGCAAAAUCCCAAAAAAAUUUCUAAAGAAAGUAAAAAGAUAGGUUUUCAUAGGUGUAUGAAAUGCCUGGGGCCUCUUUAAGUUAGAGACAUGCUCAGGUUGUGGGGUAUGGGAGGAUUGAUGCGUGGGAACUGGGUUCAUAACUUUGGGGGCUUGAGAAGUCAAUGUGUCUUACUGUGUGAUGCUUUACCUCUUUGUAUGUAAACAAAUUGUCAGGUUCAGGCAGGUAGUAGGGGAUUAUACAGGAGCAAGGAGAAAUAAGGUAGGGAAAAAGAGUCAGAAUCAAGUCACAAAAACCACCUUACCUGUGUAGGUAGAUUGUAGUCAGGACAGACACCAGGAACAAGGACACAGCCAUAAUACAUAUAGUUACAAAGAAUCAAGGUGCCCACAUGUGUGCAUGUCCUGGGCAUGGGACUCCUAUGGGCUUCCCCCCUGCCUGCCUGGCCCCCUGGCCCCUGAGCUAUCCUUUCCUAACAUGGUGGCUGUUCUUUUGUGUCCUCUCCAUUUCAAGUCUAAAUGCAAAGGACCCUGUCAUCCCCUCUCUCAUUACUCUGAGAAAAUGAACACACCUCUAAGAGGAUUCAAAGGACUGUAUUGUUAAAUCAUCAUAGUGCAAUAUACUAGAACAACAAUUGGAGUCCCAGUAAAAUUGUCAAAAUUAGACAACCUUGCAAAUUUUUAAAUUAUAAGAAUAAUGUAGAUUUCAUCUGAAGAGUUUAUUGAAAACUCCUUUGCACCUAUAUCUCUUUUUUUAUCAUGAGGGUUAGGAAUGAGGAUAAAACUCAGAGAACUCACAUAAUAGUGGUCAAACACAUUAGGGGCUUAUGGUGUCUCAUGUCGGGUGCAGGUCUUAUGAGUUGGGUGCACUGCCCAUGGGCCAGAUUCAUUAUGCUGCCUCUACACUUCAGGUUGCUUCUCAGUUCCUAGAUGGUGAUGAUGUUCCACUCAUGGUUGAACAGAUGCAUUUGAGAGCUCCCUGAUGGGGCACUGUAUGAGAUGAGAGCUAUAGAAUCUUCUCCCAAUAGAUGUAGGACCAGAUGUUUUCAAUAUUAACCACUUUAUAGAUGCUUUGGGACAGGAUCAUCUGCCUUUGUUUUUGAAAGUGUCAGCUUACCUUCAAUAUUAGGCCAUUUAUAAGAGCAUUAAUACUUUUGUACCCUAACAACCCUUGCUAUGACAAAUUCUGAAAAAAUAAUGUGAAAAUACACUCACUUGAGUCAAAGA